AUGCCCUACCCCCAGGGUAAGGCUGGUGCUGGCAAGAAGCAGGCCAAGAACCCUCUCAUCGAGAAGCGUCCCCGCAACUUCGGUAUCGGCCAGGACAUCCAGCCCAAGCGCAACCUGUCGCGCUUCGUCAAGUGGCCCGAAUAUGUCCGCCUCCAGCGUCAGAAGAAGAUUCUGAACAUGCGCCUCAAGGUCCCCCCGGCCAUCGCGCAGUUCCAGAACACCCUGGACCGCAACACCGCUGCCCAGACCUUCAAGCUCCUCAGCAAGUAUCGCCCUGAGACCAAGGCCGAGAAGAAGGACCGUCUCCUCCAGGAGGCCACCGCCGUCUCGGAGGGCAAGAAGAAGGAGGACGUCAGCAAGAAGCCUUACCACGUCAAGUACGGUCUCAACCACGUCGUCGGCCUGGUUGAGAACAAGAAGGCUUCUCUGGUCCUGAUCGCCCACGACGUCGAGCCCAUUGAGCUGGUUGUCUUCCUGCCCGCUCUGUGUCGUAAGAUGGGUGUCCCCUACGCCAUCGUCAAGGGCAAGGCCCGUCUCGGUACUGUUGUCCACAAGAAGACCUCUGCCGUCCUGGCCCUGACUGAGGUCCGCUCUGAGGACAAGUCGGAGUUCGCCAAGCUGCUGUCCGCCAUCAAGGAGGGCUACACCGACAAGUACGAGGAGACCCGCCGCCACUGGGGUGGUGGUAUCAUGGGCGCCAAGGCCAACGCCCGCCAGGAGAAGAAGCGCAAGGCCUUCGAGGCCGCCAUCAAGGUCUAA